AUGCCUUUUUCUGGUAUCACAUAUUACACAAGAUUAAUUGUGCAUAAUGUCAUUGGUAAAACAUUAGCAGAAUGGGAAAAAAAGGAGCAACCAAAAUAUUUUCAGAAAGUAGCUGAUAAUGAGAAUGUUAUGGCAAUGUAUAAUAUUGGAUGUAUUGUAUUAGGUAAUUUGAAAUUGAGGCAACCAGAUGAGAAAGUUAAAUUCACACCAUUUAUGAAAUGGCAAGCUAUAACUGGUUUAGGUGGUAGUGGAAUGAUUACAGGUGCAAGGAAAGCAGAACCGGACCAUCUAGCUUUUAAUGUUUGGCCUCUUCUUAAAAUAUCACCAACGGCUGAUAUGAAUAAAAAGUAUUCAGGACUUUUUACUGCGAAAAAACCCGAGGAUGGAAGUUUAAUAGUAACUUUGUUGCUUCCCUGGCGUAAUUUGACGUUUGUGAGAAGACAUUUGGUGAUUAAAGAUCCUCCUCGAGCGAGAGAAACAUCAAUAGUGGGGAAAGUAUUUUAA